GAGAUGUCACCGGAGCGCCCUGCCAGCUGGAGAGUAGUAAGAAAAGAUGGCGGCGACAAUCGGGAUGUUUUCUGAUUUAAAGGAAAUCAAGAGGCAGCUGCUAAGCGUAACCUGGCUGUGUCGGGAGAGAGGUCUGAUGAAUAGCGUCAAAUGGGCAUCAGAACUUGCUUUCUCUCUCGAAUCUGUUCCUCUGAAUGAGCUUCCCUCAACCCCAGCACUUACAGAGGAGGAUGCCCAGGAUCUGGAUGCAUACAUGCUUGCUAAGUCUUACUUUGACCUUAAAGAAUAUGAUCGAGCUGCAUAUUUUCUUCGGGGGUGUAAGAGCCAAAAAGCCUAUUUCAUGUACAUGUACUCCAGGUACUUGUCUGGAGAAAAGAAGAAGGAUGAUGAAACAGUUGAUAGCCUUGGUCCCCUUGAAAAAGGGCAGGUGAAGAAUGAAGCUCUGCGGGAACUACGUGUGGAGCUGAGUAAGAAGCAUAAAGCCAGGGAAUUAGAUGGAUUUGGACUGUACCUGUAUGGCGUUGUCUUGAGGAAGCUGGAUCUGGCAAAAGAAGCUUUAGAUGUAUUUGUGGAAGCAACACAUGUCCUGCCCUUGCAUUGGGGAACCUGGCUGGAAUUAUGCAAUUUGAUUACUGACAAAGAGAUGCUGAAGUUCCUGUCUCUGCCAGACUCAUGGAUAAAGGAAUUUUUCUUGGCACACAUAUACACAGAGCUGCAGUUGAUUGAGGAGGCAUUGCAGAAAUACCAAAGUCUUAUUGAUGCUGGCUUCUCCAAGAGUACUUACAUUAUAUCCCAAAUUGCUGUUGCCUACCAUAACAUCCGGGAUAUUGACAAAGCUCUGUCUAUAUUCAAUGAGCUGCGGAAACAGGAUCCAUACAGAAUAGAAAACAUGGACACAUUUUCCAACCUGCUGUAUGUCAGGGGUCUUAAACCAGAACUAAGCUAUUUGGCUCACAAUCUCUGUGACAUUGACAAGUACCGGGUUGAGACAUGUUGCGUAAUCGGCAAUUAUUACAGUCUGCGCUCCCAACAUGAAAAAGCAGCCUUGUACUUCCAAAGGGCACUAAAACUCAACCCUCGAUAUCUUGGUGCUUGGACUCUCAUGGGACACGAAUAUAUGGAAAUGAAGAACACCUCUGCAGCAAUACAGGCUUACAGGCAUGCGAUUGAAGUGAACAAGAGAGAUUAUCGCGCUUGGUACGGAUUAGGACAAACCUAUGAAAUUUUGAAGAUGCCAUUUUACUGCCUUUAUUAUUAUAGACGGGCCCAUCAGCUAAGGCCCAACGACUCGAGAAUGCUUGUAGCUUUGGGGGAAUGUUAUGAAAAGCUUAAUCAACUUGUGGAGGCUAAAAAAUGUUACUGGAGAGCUUAUGCUGUGGGUGAUGUGGAGAAAAUGGCUCUGGUCAAGCUGGCAAAGCUUCAUGAACAACUGAACGAAUCGGAACAGGCUGCCCAGUGUUACAUCAAGUACAUACAAGACAUCUACUCCUGUGGGGAAAUUGUGGAGCAUCAGGAGGUCAGCACGGCCUUUCGCUAUCUGGCUCAGUAUUACUUCAAGUGCAAGCUGUGGGAUGAGGCAUCUGCAUGUGCCCAGAAAUGCUUCAAUUUUAAUGAUACCAGGGAAGAAGGCAAAGCUCUUCUACGCCAGAUUCUACAGUUAAGGAACCAAAGUGAAAGUCCAUCGGCUGAGCCAGCCACUGCUCCUUUCUUCCUUCCACAAUCCCUUUCUGCCAACAACACCCCUACAAGAAGAGUGUCUCCACUUAACCUUUCAUCGGUCACACCAUAGUACAGUGUGUGCUGCAGUAGAUUUUGCACAUGGAUAUAUAGUGGUCUGUGUUGAGAACAGAAAUUGGACUGACUAUUGCUUCAGCUGAAGCACAAACUGCCUCUCCAUAAGAAGCUUGUCUAUAAUGAGAAUAAAAUCCUGCUGCCAAACAAAUGAUGGACUGUCAGGUUUGUGCUGGCACAGACAUAGCUCAGCAGCAAUAUGGGAAGAGCAAAUGUUUUUCUUGUCAAUAAACUUUUUAUACUGUG